AUGGAGAACAUUCAAUACCUCUCAAACGACACGAUCCACCGGUUACUGAUCAGCCUCACGAAGGAAGAGAUCAUCAAUUUCAAAGCCACCAUCGAGCAAACCCUAGAAGACUACUCUGCCGGCGAAGAGCGCCGCUACCAACCCGACCCCAACGCCGUGACCCGUCCCAAUGGCGCGCGAACUCUCUUCCGACCGUUUACAUCCGAUUCCAGCGUUGGUGCAAAGCUCGUAGUCGAGCCCCCAACUAAAGCAGACGGCAAAAAGGACCCCUUGCGUGGGAUUCUCAUCCUUCUAGAUGGAUCUGGGAAUCCAACCGGUAUCCUCGGAGCCGAAGAAGUGACUGGUUACCGGACAUCCAUGAACGUCAUGGUUCCCUUUUCCUGGAGGAAGAAUGUCGACAACAUUGUGAUUUUCGGUGGUGGCAUGCAGGCCUUGUGGCAUUCUCGACUUAUACUCAGUCUGCGGGGUGAUGAGGUCAAGAACAUCACUUUUAUCAGUCCGUUCAAAGACCAGGUAGACACGUUGAUCGAGACGAUAUCUCGCGAGAACGCGACUCACUGGAAGUCGAACUGCUCUUUUAAUUUCAUUCGCGCUGCCGCGGAGUCCCAGAACGAAAUCGAAAAGCGUCUGCUCGACGUUGACUGCGUCUUUUGUACCACUCCGUCUCAAAAGCCACUCUUCCCUUCUACAUACCUGACAAAGCGAGGAAGCGGUAGCCGUCAGCCCUUCAUCUCGGCGAUUGGCUCUUGGCAGUCGGACAUGAUCGAACUGGAUCCAGCAUUGCUACAGCAUGCCACUGUCGCCCAGGGCGGAUAUAAUCCUCUCAGCGGCGAGUCAAAAGGAGCUGUGUUGGUCGACGAUCGCGAAAACGCGCUGGCGAACUCGGGCGAGGUGGUCCAAAGCAAGCUUCCAGCUCGUGAUCUGGUUGAGAUUGGCCACAUCCUCGCGAUGAAGAGCGGGAGAUCUGCAAAUGUCACCAAGGUACAGAUUGAGCAGACUAACCGCUUCAUUUCAGAGGGCUUCGUCGUCUACAAGAGUAUUGGGGUGAGCCUGACAGACUUGACGGCUGGCCAGGCUGUGUUGGCGCUCAGGCAGAAGAAGCAGCAUCAUCUGUGA